UCGGGCCCCUGUGUGUUGACACCCUGGGAGCGGAGCCGGGGGAGGCAGCGGCCGCGGGGGAGAGCGCAGGCGGCGGAGCGAGGUGGGGAGCCGGGCCGGAGGGGCCAAGCGGUGACGAGGGACGAGGCCGAGGCGUCGGAGGAGCAGGGUCAGACGGCGGAUGUGCGUGUGACGGACGGGAGCGCAGGCGGACGGACGGGGUGCCCGGUCCCAGCCGCGGCCCCCGCAGACGCGGAGAUGGACGUGUUUGGAGGGGCCCCCAGGUUCCUCGCCUACCCCCGCACGUUCACCGUGCAGAGCGGCGCCGAUGCCCUCCUUAAGUGCCAAAUCACGGGCGACCCGCAGCCCAGCAUCGCCUGGGAGAAGGACAAGGCGCCCAUCGCGCCGGCCGGGCGCUUCCGCGUGCAGGCCGAGGGCAAUGUGUACAGCCUGCUGGUCUCGCGGGUGACGCCCGAGGACGGCGGGCAGUACAUCUGCAAGGCCAAGAACAGCGUCGGCGAGACCUACGCUGCUGCCACGCUCAAGGUGGAGCCUGGGGAGCCGUGCUGCGAGGGGCACCCCGACGACUGGGCCCCCGUCUUCCUGGCCCGGCCCCUCUCCCUGCGUGUCGGCCGCGGGGAGGACGUGGCGUUCAGCUGCCGGGUGCUGGGGCAGCCGGGCCCCGUGCUGGAGUGGGAGAAGGACGGGCGCAAGCUGUCCGACCUCUUCGAGAGCAGCCACUUCUGCGUGGGCAAGGAGCCCGAGGACUGGCACUUCCUGCGGAUCUUCGGGUCCCGGCCCCCG